GCGUGGUGGCUCAAUCUCCUUCCCUUUCUCCAACCCUCUCGUACCGAGAGAGUGUAGUGGGAUGCAGAGUAGCGGAAGAUAAUGCAGAGGAUACUCGAACAUCGACAAAUCAUACACAAAAUCUUUGCAGACUUGCGCCGAGCUCGAGCCCUGGUGAGGGUUCGCUUCAAGCCCACUGCUGAGAUGACAACUGCCACUACCUCGAUGUUUCAGAUCCUUCGUCCUGAGCUUCAUGUUCCCUAACGGAGACUAUUGACCACCCCUGAUAGGUAACAGGAGAAGCUCGGAGAGAACUUGUAAGCGACGACAAAAACGUUAUACCUUUGUAAACAAGUCAAAAUAUAAGCAUACUUGUCUGCACUUCAGCUUGUACCUACAGAUCUGUCUUACACCGGCGAAGUAAAGAUGCAUUCCAGAAAGAUCGUACACAUUUGGACUCUUCUGGCCAUUCCGGUUACCAUGGUCUUGGGAUUGCCAAUCUCUGAUAUCGAUACCAUCACCGAUGAUUGUGAUUAUUGGGAUUCGACGGACGAGGUCGACUCACAUCCGAGCACAUCCUCUAUCUCGAACACGGCAUUCAUAGCAUUUACGGCAGUCAACCAAUUAUCACCUUCGACGACACCUUCUCCCACAAUCUUCGCCCAGGUACCUUCGACUAGUAUCUACUCUUCGACGAAAGCCUUCAUCGCACCUAGCAACACCUUCACUCCGGUGACGCCGCCAAGCUAUGCUUUCUACCUUCAAAGCGGCAGCAGUGUUGGGAGAAGCAACGCAAAUUUCGCUGUUGUAAGCGCUGGUAUUGGCGGGUCGGUCACUUUCACAACCAAUAAGGCGUUGGCGACAAAGUUCACCAUCGACUCUUCUGGUGACCUUGUGGAGCAGAGUCCUUCUCAAGGUUACGUUGCCGCGCUAAAUCCAGACUUGGAUACCCAGAAAUUGAGCUUCUCGCCAUAUGGAGGAAGCAGUACCCGCGAAAGACUCAACUGUCGCAGCCAAGAUGGUGUCCUGGGAUGUAAUGUGGGAGGCGUAGCGUAUCGUCCUGCCACGUGUAGGGACGAGGGAGCCCUCUACUUUGUGACAAGGCUGUCAAGUAGUUGCACUGCGAUCGAGCUUGUGCCAGCCUUCUUUUGACGGGAUUGACGGGAUGCAUGACUAGAUCACGAUACCAAAAUAAUGUCGUUAUGAACCAAGUUGAACAAGUUCUGCUUACAAGUGAUGUGGCUGAGUAAGGCGUGUGGC